AUGCAUGUUCAGUAUAGAGUUGGUCGCAAUGCGCGCGAGUACAAGAGGUUUUCGGCGAUGUUUUUGAUUGUGGUGACGAACAACUUUGGAGAAAUCAAGUCGACUGUCUUCAAGAGGUUCAGUUCCACGACAAUAUUCUCGAUCGUCGGCGCGGACGUCGUCGAGCGCUUCCAGCUCUGCUGCGAUGCGUUUAUUGUCUCGCUGAAAUUGGCAACCGCGGCCUCUCCUCGCGCGACCUCGCUUGCAGCCGUCUGA